CGUAGUGAUUUACUGGCUAGCGCAACCUGUACAGGCCCUGCCUCGGCAUUGGCGAGUUCGGCCCAAUUCCGCGUUCCCUAGCCAACACUGUCCAGAAACUGGUCGUUGUUCGCUGAUGAAAACUUAUUACCGGUGUUUACCAUUAUUUAUCAGUACUCCAACUUAUAAUUUUUAAAGUUUACUCCAGACGUCCACUGUGAUAUUUCAUAAUGAAUAACAUAAUUGAAAAACGACGACGAACACGCGACCGUGUGCGAAGGCAUCGUUUCGUUCAUCAAAACACUAUUGUGCCACAGAACCAUCCGCUAAAUGAUGACAGUGACUCUGACAUCAACUCCGAAACUGAAUGUGUCAGUGAUCAAGAAAAUAGUAAUAGGUCUGAAGAAGAUGUAUCCGAGGGUGGUAUUUCUGAACAAUUACUUGAACAUAGCCAAAGUGAGAUCGACGAAGAGAAUGGUGACUCAGGUGACGGUUCUCAGAUAGACCACGAAGAAAGUGUAUCAUCAGCCAGUGUCAUUGAUGAAAACAGUGAUAUCGGCUCAUCUAUAAAUGAAGCGACUGACGAUAGUUUGAAUGAACGAAAUGAAGCUGAGGAAAUUCGAAAAUGGGCAAUAAAAGAACACCUUAGUCAUUCUCAAUUGGAUGGGCUUUUGGUGAUUUUGAGGAGAAGAUUGCUGCCUGAACUUCCAAAGACAGCAAAAACAUUUCUACGUACAUCGGCAGUGGCCUAUGAUAUACAAGACAUGGAAGAUUAUGAUGGAAAUAUGGGACAAUUCGUGUACUUUGGUAUUGCUGAAAGGCUUCGAGCCUGUGUCAAUGAAGAAGUGCACAUAGGUAAUGAAAUUUUGAUCCAAGUUAAUGUCGACGGACUGCCUCUCUUUAAAUCAAGUAACACUCAACUGUGGCCCAUUUUGUGUAAAGUUGUCCACGAACCAGACAUAUACGAGCCGGUGCCUGUAGCUAUAUACGCAGGUUCUACAAAACCAAAAAGAGUUGAUGAGUUCUUGGAUGAGUUCAUUGAGGAAAUGAACCAACUAUCAGCGAAUGGUAUUGACAUUAAUGGCAGACUGUUUCAAGUAAAAAUUCAAAGUUUCAUAUGUGAUACGCCAGCUAGGUCUUUCCUCAAAUGUGUUAAGGGUCAUACUGGAUAUUAUGCGUGUGAAAGGUGUACCGUGAGAGGAUGCAGACCUGGCAGAUCUACUGUAUUUCCUGAUGCGGAUUGUCCUGAACGAAGUGCUGAGGACUUUAAUAGACAAAGGCAGCGAGAGCAUCACAAUAGUGUUUCGCCAUUGCUACGUUUAAGACCUGCAGUAAACUUGGUCUUGUUAUUUAUUCUCGAUUUCUUGCACUUAGCUUGUCAUGGUGUGAUGAAGAAACUUUUGAAAGACUUUUGGCUUUUAGGCAAUCUCCAUCUCAGACUAGGCCGCAGAAGUCGAAUCGAACUGUCUCGCAGAAUGGAGUAUUUAAAAAUUCUGAAUUUUAUGCUGCGAAGAUCUAGCCCUCAGGUACAACAGGUUUGCAAAGAAGUAUCUCAGAAGUUUUUUCUUAGUUAUGCGCCAAUAUUAUGGCCCAGAUUCGCAAAUCAUGAACCUUCAUAA